GAGGCGCCCGUCCAAGCAUCCCAUCCAUUCUCUCUCGCUGCUCUGCUCCCCACGGACCACGGGGCACCACCACAAACCAGACGCGACGCACGCGCGCAAAAUCAUCCGGCGGAGCCAGGGCGGAGGCAAGCCAGAGACGCGGCACGCGACGCGUGAGGGCGAGGAGCAGCGGCAGCGCGGGCGCGGCGACACCGCGAGGACAGAGCGAGACGCAGCGGCGGAGGAGGGGCAGAGGCGAGCGCCGCCUAGAGUCCCUGCUACCAUGGACACUUUCUUCCUGUCGCACGGCUCGCCCACGCUCUCCAUCGACGACAACAUCCCGGCGCGGCACUUCUUCAAGUCGUGGGUGCCGGCGAAGGUCGCGGGCGACCAGCCCCCGCGCGCCAUCCUCGUCGUGUCGGGACACUGGGACACGGCCACGCCGGAGGUCAACGUCAUCCGCGGCAGCAACGACACCAUUUACGACUUCUAUGGCUUUCCCAAGCCCAUGUACAAGCUCAAGUACCCCGCUCCGGGCGCCCCGGACCUGGCCCUGCGGACCAAAGGGCUCCUGGAGCAAGCCGGGUUCGGCCCCGUGAAGGAGGACCACAGCCGCGGGCUGGACCACGGCGCCUGGGUGCCGCUGAUGCUCAUGUACCCGGACGCCGACAUCCCCGUGUGCCAGCUGUCGGUGCAGAGCGACCGGGACGGCGCGUACCACUACAGCCUCGGCAGGGCGCUGGCGCCGCUGCGGGAGGAGGGCGUCCUCGUCCUCGGCUCCGGCAGCGCCACGCACAACCUGCGCAAGAUGGGGCCGUUCGACGCGCCCGUGCCGCAGUGGGCCGCCGAGUUCGACGCCUGGCUCAAGGACUCGCUCCUCGACGGAAGGUACGAGGACGUGAACCGGUUCGAGGAGAAAGCGCCGCAUGGGAGGGUGGCGCACCCGUGGCCGGACCACUUCUACCCGCUGCACGUGGCGCUCGGCGCCGCCGGGGACGGCGCAAAGGCGGAGCAGAUCCACCAGUGCUGGACCAACGCCACGCUCUCCUACGCGUCCUACAGGUUCACCACCAAGAGCUGACGCGCCCGUGCAGCUGUCGGGUGGAGGACCGCCACCCCCCUCCCCCCCGGGGCCAGCUGCUGAAUUCGUGGGAAGCACAUCCGUCGACGUGCGCGACAGCAUUCAUAUACACGCACCGCAUGUAGAAAUGUGUUUUUCUCAAUAAACUCCCGAGUGCCGAUCGCGGUAGAUAUGUCUUGCAUUGUUCAACGCAGCAGCUUGUUUCGAGAAGCAUUCUGUUGUUAAAUCUCAUUCCAUCAUCAUUGUCUUCAAGUGGUGCAUAUUACGGAGUACGUGUCUUUUUGCCCUUCUCA